GCGCACGAUUCAUGGCGGCCGCGAGUCAUCGUACGGAACGGUUCGUGUGCAGCCGACGACGGUUCCUCGGCUUUCUCGGCGGAUAAUCAUCGUUCGAACGUCGGCCCGCGGCAGUUGUGAGAGCGGUUCUCGCGCGCGACGAGCCGUCAGGGUUCCCGGAGCCCGGUUUUACGCCCGAGUCGUACCAAACAGCCGGCAAAACGAAGCUCAAAAUGCCACUGGGCAAUCACGCUGCCCUGGAGGACAUGGCGGCGGGACGAGGGCAAGCGGGUGGAGGGCCUCCCCCAAAUUGUCAGAAAGUUUUUAUACAACGUGACUACAGCGAAGGCACUAUGGUUAGGUUCCAGACACGUUUCCCGACGGAACUGGAGAGCAGACUGGAUAGGCAGUCUUUCGAAUACACCAUUAAUCAGUUGAACAGUUACUUCGCGGAGGCAGAGAGACCCAGUUGCAGAACGUACUGCGAAGGCUGCUUGGCCUGCAUCACGGGUUACUUGCUGUACAUAUGCAAGGAGACACACUAUGAGAAGUGUCUGCGAAAGGUAGCAAAGUUUGUCAGCGAACAGAACGACAGGGUCUACAAGCCACGCGGCCUCUUGCUCACGGACCCGACGACGCGCGGGCUCAGGCUAAUAGAGAUCUCGGUACUGGACCGACCUGCGUCGUGACUGCAUAUUAGCCGAUCCAGGGAGUUCUUCAUGUGACCCGCGCACUAUUCCGGUGGUUACUUCGCCCGGAUCAUGGACAUACACGCGCUCGUGAGUGCCUGCCGGCACAAUUACCGCCUGGUUUGAGCCAGUUGCCAGUGCAAGGUGCAGGGAACACCUAUUCGCGGGGGCGAUAUCGACCGCGUGAGAUCGACGGAGCUCCGCGCGCAUUUUGCUGCAGCGGGGCCGCUAGUUCUCCGUUGACGAGUCGCGCGACGUUGCGUUCGCAGGGCGCUCCACAGGUACAUCUUGCACAGAUCAGUUGUUGCGCGAUGAGUGCGUGCGCAAUGAGGCCGAGCUCUCUCUUGCUCACGGGUCGAGCUUCGUACUUAGUCCUAAGGUAAAAUGUAGGUCGCGAUGCGUGGAUACGACUAGAUCCUGUAAUGCGUACGAUACGAUUUAGAAGGGAGGGGUUUCACCGUCGUUCCGUAGAUUUAUUUGUCAAUCUAAUUAUGAUAACAAGCUUACAAGGUUGGCCUAAUUGCGACAAGGGAGUCCUCGCGUUCAUUGGCACGCACCACGGGCAGGGGAAUGGGGAGGGGGGGAGUCUCGAUCUUAACGGCAGCUCCGGCGCUUUCGAAAGAGGGCGAGUAUCGAAGCGUAAACGAAAAACCGUGGCACUCUAUAAGUUGAAUUUUCUAUACGCGUACAGAAGUAACAUACGAAAGUACAUAAGGUGCAUACGCUGCGAGUCGGGGAGGGGGUGUGUAAUUCGUCGGCGGAGGAGAAUACAAAGAGAAACUUCGUCCCGUUCGCGUUUAUAUAUAUAUAUAUAUAUAUAUAUAUAUUGUACACGAGUGCGAGCAUCGCGAAAAAGUGAACGAACCGCCGCCGCGUCGACUCGCUGCGUACACAACGAGGUCUACAUAUUUUUUUACUAUUCAUUUACGACUUUAUCGUCGGCUGCAUUUAAUUAACUAACUCUAACGCGAACGAGUCGCGCGUCUGCGAAUAAUUUUGCGAGGACGGCGUUCGACUCCGGUAUACCGGCUGCGUAUGAGCGUUUCGUUGAUGUACCACGCGGAACGAGCCGAGAGAAACAUCGAGGUCUUAGAUGAGUUUCGCUCCGGCAGGACGCUGACGAAUGAGAUUCUGAGUUUUCUUAUCUUCCGCGAUGUAUCUUCCAUUGCGCUCGGAGCCGCGCGCGCGCGUAAGUCGACGCUCGUCGUUUCGCAAAUACGUACGUACACAUCGGAUGGGGGGGAUGUUUUGUUCGUCGGGCGGAUGGACGUCUGUGUCGACACAGAGAAAGAGAGAGAGAGAGAGAGAGAGAGAGAGGAGAGAAACAGAGGAAGAGAGAGAAGGUUGCGGAUUCGGUCGAAAUUACACUGGCACAAUUCGCUGCGCUAAAGGAGAAACCCGAGGAUUGGUUUAGGGAAAUCGUGUAAGAAGCGGUGAUAAAAGUAGGUUACGUUCAAUCGAUCGUUCAGCAUUGUGAUCAAGGAUAAGCCGGAAUCAUUCGCGAUAGGCAGUGCGAUAUUUCUUCUCUUUUCUCGCUCCACUCGUCGCCCCGGAAUGUCCGUCGUUGAAGCAACCGGAUCCAUCCAUUCGGCCAUCGUCACCUCCGGUGUCCGCUCGUUCGCUCGCGAGUUAUCGAAACUCGCCGAAUAGCUGAAUCCGUCGACGGCGGAUCGCUUUCUUCUGAUACUUUCUCGUCAAUUAGCUGUAAACGAUAAUGAUCUCAAACGAUGUAGCACUCUCGCGGUCGCUACUUCCUCGUGCGCGUACUCUCGGAGCCUAAAAGUAUCGUAAUACGCAACAAGUGCCGUCGGAAAGGAACGCGUUACCGACAUUCUUGGCGCGUACUUACCUCUCAAUAGGUACGUCGCGAACGUCGAACCGGUCUAUUCUCGACGAGUUCACUUGCCGACACACACGGUGGACCUACACACACACACACACACAUACACACGCGCGCACGCAUCACACGCGAAAUAUAAAGCUCGCACGCGCGCGUGUCCGUGUCGCGGCGCGGCCGAGAAAUCGAUUUCGCGUGUCUCCGCCGUAUCUCCCGGGAGCUGAACUCGCCCAAACUUGUGUGUCGAGUUCUUCUCUCAAUCCCUGAUCGAUCGCGAUACUCAGCGUGACAUCGCGCGUACAUAAUAGAACGAUCUCUCUCGUCCUUGGUCACAAUGAAAACGCGGAGCCUAUCCGACGUUGUAGUGCGACGUCGCUAAAAGAAUCUUGCCAAAUCAGCCGUGUCACUGCCUCGGCGUGUGGAGAGAAGUUGCAGGACAGGGAGUGGAGAGGAAGGAUCAGGUGAAUCGGAGGAUUAAGUGUAGAAGAAAAAAAAAAGUAAAACAAAGAAAUCUCGCACGAGCUCUAGAGAGAGAUCGUCGAGAGACGACUGAAGAAGGGUAGACGCCCGAUUUCCGUGAUCGAAUCGAUCGAUCGACGACGGACACGACGAUCCCGGAAAUGGGAAGCGACAACGGGAGCAGGCCUCCUCGGAGAGCUCUCGUUCCAAUUCUUUUGGACGUCGCAAUAUUACGUAUAAUAGGGCUCUGACCUUAUGCAGCGCGCAUGCUUGCAUACAAUGUGUAUAUAGCGAAUUAAAUCGUCGACAUUCAACACACACACACACACACACACACACACACACAUACACACGGUGUAACGAAGAAGAAGAGUUUGUUAUACUUAAUUUAACAGUAGGACCAAUAUGAUUGAUGAGAUCCGUAACUGUAAAAGGACACCAUCGUACGAGUGUAAUUUCUAAAUGUUUUAAUAAUAAAAGAAAACGGCGUAUAAAUAACCGCCCCAUCACAGACCACCAGGCCCGUCCUCCAGAAUGCUCCAUUCCAGAGUCCUCCAGAGUCCUCCGUUGUCCUGCGACUCUCGGGAUAUUCUUAGGAAGCGAAUGAAAGAUUGCAUUGCCGAAAGAUCUACGUAAAUGCGACGCGGAAAGAGCUGAUAUCCCCGAUUGGGAAAUCAACGUCCCCGAUACACAAGUAGAAUUCGGCGUCGUGUUUUAUCUCUUAUCGGAAGGAUCAAACGCGGGACAGCGAGUUUGAUCAGUAAUUACGUCGUCUAUGGAUCGUAUCAGUGGAUCAUGAAACAAGUGGAAUAACUGACAACGCGCGCUGGGCGGGUUUCUUCUUUUUUUUGAGCACAUCCAGAUUUUAUUUAACCAUGUGCAACAAUUUCUGAUAGGCAUAUUGAUUCGCAGCUAUAUCAAAAGACUAGAAACCAGUCUCACUCUCGUGUUGCUUCUCAGACUCGGCCGAAAA